GACAGCAGAAUAAGAAGGCCAGCUGAUCUAUUUAUAGCAGAGUCCCUCCGAGUCCCGGACCUGAUCUGUCUCAGUUCUGCAGCGCUGCACGCCGUCUCACCACCAACAUGCCCGGCAGCCAGGCCCGGUCCCGGGCCAGGGACCGGAACAAUGUCCUGAACCGGCCCGAGUUUAUGUCCCUGAACCAGCCCCCCCGCAGGGAGCAGGGGGCGGGGGAAGGGCGGGGGGGCAGCGGCCCGAGGAGAGCCAGCAGACAGCAGAGUCAGCAGGAGGACUCGGGAGGGAGGGGGUCGAGGGACUCCUCCGAGGGGGGCCCGGCAGCUGAUGGGGGCGCCAAGGAGGCGUCUCAUUGGCCGGAGCAGGACUGCAUGCAGCUGAACCCGUCGUUCCGAGUCAUCGCCAUCAACUCGCUGCUCGCCAUCGACAUCAGCCUGUCCAAGCGCCUGGGGGUGUGCGCCGGGACGCGCGGCCGGGGGGCGCCGCUGCGCUCCAUGGUGAGCCUGCUGGCCCUCAGUGGACACGCCCUCCCCUGGCUCUGCGGGACGCUGGUCUGUCUGUGGAGCAGCAACACGCUGGCCGGACAGGAAGUCCUCGUCAACCUGCUGCUGGCUCUGAUCCUGGAUCUGAUGACAGUCGCUGGGGUGCAGAAGUUGGUCAAACGCCGAGGACCAUGGGAUUUCCCUCCCGGCUUUUUGGACUACAUCGCCAUGGAUAUGUAUUCUUUCCCAGCAGCACACGCCAGCCGAGCCGCUAUGGUGUCCAAGUUCCUGCUGCACCACCUGGUGCUGGCGGUGCCCCUCAGGAUACUGCUCUACCUCUGGGCGCUCCUGGCCGGCGUGUCCCGGGUGCUGCUGGGUAAACAUCACAUCUCAGACGUCGGCUGUGGAUUUGCUCUCGGCUUCCUGCACUUCAGUCUGGUGGAGUCCGUUUGGCUGGACUCCGCCACCUGCCAGACGCUCAUCUCCAUUGGCACGCUGCGCUGGACUCCACUGGUCUGAACUGGUUGAGCUGGGAGGAAAGCUGCGUUCACACUGCGAGCGCCAAAAGCUCAGAACGGGCUCAGCUUGGUCGUGCGUCAGUGUGAGGCUUCAUGUCACCAGCAGCUUCCAUUGACUUGUUGCUGUGUUGCUCGUAGUCCGUGAAGGUUCUCAGCCAUCCAGGUUCAAGUAGCCAAGGAAGGGUGAGAAACCAAGGCCAACUGGACUUGGUUAACAUUUGGACAUUCUCCAGAGCGACUUCUUCAGUUCUGACUGAACGGUAGGGAAACCCAGCUGUUUAACUUCUGUUGGGGCGUUGUCAAGACGAUCGAUACCGCUGCGUUUCGUUAGUGCUCCUGGCUGUUGUGAAGACAAUCGUUAUGGUGGUUGGAGACACCCGAGGCGGAGGCUGAGUGACCAUAGUUUGACUGUAUAUGUAGAAACAAAACCACGCAAACACAGAAGGUCAAAACUUAGCGGUUUACUUAUAAAUGAAAUAUUUACAUUUUAGAGAGGCAGAUGGUUUGAAAGGGGCUACUCACCGUGGCUCUAGCUGUGUCCGGCCGCUACCACCUCGGCAGUCAAAACGAGUCGAUAUCCGAAUGCGAAUGAACAGACUCCAUAUGAGGCUCCUUUUUCAACUACAAGGUCAAUAUUGUUUUUAAAAAACAAUCAAACAAGAAAUAAUCCGUGCAUUAAUAUGGAACUAAGUUUUAGGAGCUUUCCAUCUUUCCUCUCCUCCCGGUUACGUUGCAUUCGGAAAUCAAUUGUUUUUGACUGACAAAAUG